AUGUAUACAUCUACAUAUUCAUCAUCUUCACCUAUUCGAACUUCAACGUUCGGAGUUGAUUCGCCAAAUUAUCAAGAUCAAUCUUUAAAUCAAAAUAAAUUAAAUUCUUAUCAAAUAAUGAAUGAUGGUAGUAUCGCAUCAAGACGUGUUAAUACGGCUUAUUCCAAUUCUGCUGUACCUUCAACAUCAAUUUCAAUACGUGCAGGAUCACCAAACAAAUAUACAAGCGGUUAUAAUAUUACAUCGAAUGAUAUAAAUCCAAAUAAAUAUCAAUCAACAUCGUAUCGUUCAUACACUGGUGGCAAUGAACUAUUGCGUUCAGAUAAUAGUACGACUGGAAAUGGUCGAUCACAUUCCUACGAUGAUUUACUUAAUGAUCAAAAUCAAAUCUAUCGAUCAGAAUCAUCAGUUUAUAAUUCAACUACAAGAAAUGGAACAAAUACGACUAACAAUCCAUAUGGACAGCAGCAGCAACAACAACAACAAAGAACUCCACGUGAUGUUUAUGAUGAGGAUUUGAUAGUAAAAUCAACUGAUUUAUCGGCGGCAUAUGAACAAGAAAUGAUUGAAUUAGUACGUUCAGCUUUUCAAAAAUAUGAUUUAAGUAGUCAACGUGAAUUAGCAGGCUUUCUUAAACGAUCAGCCGAUAAAGCAUUUGCGUCGUGUUGGCAUUGCAUCGUUGGAAGGCAAUUCAGUUCAUACGUGACACAUGAAAUGAAUGGAUUUAUUUAUUUAACAAAAGGUCCUCUAUCGAUUUUACUGUUUAAAAGUGGAUCUUAA